GGCAUCGUGACAUCGCAGGAUUAGUGAGUUCCGAAGAGACACUGCGAGAGCCGGUGGUUGCCGGAAAGUUGUUGCCGAGGUAGCACGCAUUUUUCGUGAGGGUGUCAAGGAGAGAAAAAAAAAAGAAUAUAAAGGCUCACAGAGAUAAAGUGAUAAUAAUGUGUCCUUGUGUCGCGAGUGGAAAAAUUGUGCGUGAAACUCAAUGAAAAAAAAAAGUCUGAAAAGUCUGAAAGAAAAAUUGCAAAUCCGUCUCAAAGCUCUCACAAUUGCUAUUCAAUUUGUCGUGGAAAAAUUCUCUUUUGUGUUGGAGCAAGAAAAGGGGUGGAAAAGAGUUUUUAAUCCAUCCUCCCAUCACUCUGCUGGGGUGAAGAAUGCUGAGGCACUCCACAAGCUCAAGAGUGAACGUAGCUGUGGGCUGUGCACAAUGAGUUGAAUUUGAGGACAUCCACAUCGCAUUCACUCCAUCUCGUACAAGAGUUUAGUACAGUGUCUCAACGCAAAGGGAUAUAUUUUCAAGGAGUUUGGUAUAUAGGAGCUAUAUAUUUUUUGAGGAGAGGUGUGGAAAGUGACUACACACCCCCACCGUAAGGUCCUUGUGGAAGGAACAAAAAUGAAUUUCACAGAUGCGCUAACAACGCCAAAUGGUGAGGAAUCCUUUAUAAUUACAUCCCUUGCCCUUGUAUCGAAGCACACCACAAGGGCUCCGAGUACGGAAGUGUCUCCUGUAACCCUAUCUCCGGAAUGGUCGCGUCUGGCUCGUCUUUUGCUGCUUUCGUGCCUUUCUGUCGUCGGCAGCUUGGGGAAUGUUUUUCUCAUUUCCUCCAUUAUGAUUGAGGAUCAUCUCAAGAAAGCUGGCAAUGCCUUCAUUGUGAGUGUAGCUUUGGCUGAUCUUCUGGUGACGAGCUUUCUAAUCCCAUCAUCAGCAAUUCUCCUGUUGGCUGGGAUUGAUGAUUCUCUGGCUGUGUGCAAGUUUCAGUGGUUCCUAGCAGCGUGCACCUUCCUCGUCAGCGUCCUUUCGCUCUUUGCAACCGCUGUGGAGAACUACAUGCGCCUCUGUACGACACAAGAUGGCAGCUCAUGGUUCAAUAAAACCACCACAACGGUCAUCCUACUGCUCAUUUGGAUUGUUGGUGGCACAUCGUCGGGCCUUCAAUUUGUCUUCAGUCUCAGCUUUGACUACUGCACACGAAAAUCAACGGGCAUUGUCCCAUACCAAAUUGCCAUUGUGGCCCUGCUCAUCCUCCUACCCAUUGUCCUCACAUUCUACACGCACGUUCGAAUAAUUCUCCAAGUUCGUCGCUCCACCGGAGCACCAAAUUACAAGCCAUCCCUCACGUAUACGUGGGAUUUGGCCCUGGCACGCACCAAUUUCUACAGCUUCCUCGUAUUCAUUGUCUUCUGGCUGCCAUUUGGUGUGGUGUUCACCUAUGCAACCACCAAAAUCAUCCCAAAUUCCCGAAUACUCUACAAUACAGCGUGGUUCGGGCUCAGCAAGUCCUGUGUCCACAAUGUUGUCUACUGCCUUACGAAUCGUCACUUUCGUAGUGCAUACGUGAGUCUCUUCCACUAUUGCUGCUGCAAGACAAACGUGUCCACGGUGAGACGCACACGGGCCGAAGGGGCUCGUCCCACGGCUGAUGUUCGCGUGCACAUCAUCCCUGGGUACAAUAUGUACUCAUACACAAGCCCCCAGAGGUCGGGAAAUGGGAAUUAUCACUGGUACUGGGGUAAGCAGCGACACGUCCAAGAAUUAUGAUGAAUUGAGGAAGAGACUUAAAUGGUCUACCACUGUCCAAUUUUUAUUCACAAAAACAUUAACUUAAAAAAAAAACAUUAAUAGAUAAUCCUAGCUGUCUGUCUAAAUUAGGAAUUCCUCUCACACUCUGCUGGGAAUUAUUUUGAAAAAAAAAUUGCAUUUGGAAGUUUUGGGAUUAAUUAAAUCCAACGAAAUUUUCAUGAGACUCAGACGGGUCUUUUCUUUCCUCCAUCAAGCUUAGAAAAUUAGUAGUCGAUAUCAGGAGUCAAAAUAAGCCCAGGCGAGUUUUGUUUUACAGUAAAAAUGCAGAAACAGACAAAUUCGAUUUCUUCUAUGGGAAAAUAUGUUGAAAAUCUUAAAACGCAUUUUCUGAAAAGAGAUCGCGUUUAAUCAAAAUUUUUAUAAUUAUAAAAAGGUAUUAUUUUAAUUAUUUAAAUCGAACGGUGCAAAAUUUGGGCCUUUCCGAAUUUUUUAGAGGUUUUACGCCAUUUUAAGUUAUUUCUCCUGGGCCAAAUAGGCUUUUUUUUAGGAAUUCAUAUGACUCUCUAGACUAAUUUUUUUAUCAUCUAAAAUUGACUUCAAUCGCUUUUAGUCCCUAAAAAGGGACGAUUUAGAUCAAUAAACAUUUUUUUCCCUUAAACAUCUCAAUUUAUUUAAUGAAUUUCAUCAAAAAAAUGAUGAUAAAAGUGAAAAAAAGUCCCCUCUUGUAAAGUUAUUCAGUAGAGUGCUCAAAAGCUGUAAAUGUGGAGGUGGGGGUUGUAAAAUUCAUCAGCAGAGUGUGUACUUUUUGGCAUUCCUCCUAUGUAUUCCUUCUAAACUUCUCACAGAAGAGACUCGCAAUGGAAAAAAAAAAUAUCCAUGCGGGGGAUCUUCUUCUCCAAAUUUUUUUUCUCUCCCAACUGUGAUUUCAUUUAACAAAGGUAUGAGGAGAGAAAAUUUAGUUAGAGUAAAUUAUUUCUGGAACACGAAUUCUCUUGAGAAGCGAGAAUUGGGGGUGUCUCAUUUUUUUUUUCUUUCCAUUGUGCGAGGGCUAUAAAUAUCGCGCGUCGGAGAUAAAGAAUUUAUCGAUGAGCUCUCAAACACCUGUUCUGGCUGACUCACUACCCCACCACAAAUAAGUUGGGGUGAGGGUGGAGAAUGCUGUGUGACAAAGAAAUCUAUAUUUUGACCAUUUUAUGCAUCCCCAUUCCGUUCAUUUUUGUGCUUUUAUACCAUAAAAACUUUUCACUUUACAAAAGAGAUUAAAUUAAAAUUUCUCAGCGUUGUCACGACAUCUUCUUUAUGCUUCUCUGCGGUUAAAUUAUAAGCAAAAGAAAAUUAAUUUUUUGGCCUACAAAUCAAUAAUCCCUUCAUAUUCCAAACAAAUUUUUUCUCCAUCGGAAAAGUCCAUCAUCGAAUUACUAAUCAAAGAAAAAGAGAAAAUAAAGCACAUUUAGGAGGAUAUUUUAGUAGGGAGUGAAAUUGACCUAUAUUGAGGAAAAUAGUAUAGAUUUAAUUCAUUUCUGAAGACACAUGAAAAAUAAUCUCCCCCCACAUUACAUUAAAAAAAAUCGAGUGAAUGUUGUGGAUAUAAUAAUAAAUAAAUAUUGUCGGUAUUAGGUGUUUCUAGAGGAAUAUUUGUACAUAAAAUGCCUUUUAUAAUAACUGUGAUGUGAAAGAAAUAAACAUAUUCAUAAAAGAAAUGGGAAAGAGGGCAUCGCGACGAGCUAUUUGAGAAGAUUGUUCCAUAAAAAAAAUGUGGUGGGCUGAAGACUACACUUUUCUCUUUUAUAUUAUUCAUUUUUUUUAGAAGGCAAAGGAUCUUUUUUACAAAACAAAAAAAUAAUAAUAUUGUGUACACGUUUUUUGGAAGAAAAUACUUUUUUUCAUAUAAAAAAUAUUUAAAAUUGGGGACCAUGUUGUUCAAUUGCAAAAAAAAACUACAUGUAAAUGUUAAAUGUGCUUUAAAUGGAUCAAGAAAAAAAAACAUUUUUGACACACAUGGAGUCAAUAAAGUUGUCUAUCAAUGUAAAAAGUUUGUUUAAUUAAUGAAAAUUUAAUAUUUCAUUAUUUUACGCGAGGAAAAGCGGAAUUUUCAGCGUUGUUCGCUUCAAAUAUAUCGUCAAAGGUUUUG